GGCGGGGAGCGCGGGGCCCCGCGGUGGAACUUGCCCGGGUGUUUCCUGGCGACGGGGGAAGUGAGGAGCCGCCGUGGAGAGUGGGAGCCGUGUUUCUCCCCCUCCCAGGCGCCCGAUCUACCAUGAGACCCGCCAUCUUCCCGCUCCUGCCUGACCCUGGCUGCCUCCUCCUCGUCCUGGUGUCUUGGCUUUUUAAUCCAACAAGAAGUGAAAUAACAAGUCUAGAUAGUGGGAAUAUAGAUGACAUUUUAAACAAUGCAGAUGUUGCUUUAGUUAAUUUUUAUGCUGAUUGGUGUCGCUUCAGUCAAAUGCUGCAUCCUAUAUUUGAGGAAGCUUCUAAUGUAAUUAAGGAAGAAUAUCCAGAUAAGAACCAAGUCGUGUUUGCUAGAGUGGACUGUGAUCAGCAUUCGGAUAUAGCUCAGAGAUACAGGAUAAGCAAAUACCCAACUCUGAAACUCUUCCGGAAUGGCAUGAUGAUGAAGAGAGAAUACAGAGGCCAGAGAUCUGUGACAGCAAUAGCAGAUUACAUCAGGCAGCAGAAGAGUAACCCUAUUCGGGAGGUCCAGGAUUUGGAAGAAAUUAGUUCUCUUGAUCGCAGCAGAAGAAAUAUUGUUGGAUACUUUGAGCAAAAGGACUCUGAUAAUUACAGAACGUUUGAAAGAGUAGCAAAUAUAUUACAUGAUGAUUGUGUGUUCCUGUCUGCCUUUGGGGCUAUUUCAAAAGCAGAGAGAUUUAGCGGAGACAAUGUAAUCUACAAGCCACCAGGGGAAAACGCUCCAGAUAUGGUGUAUUUAGGCUCCCUAACCAAUUUUGAUUUGAUCUAUGCAUGGACACAAGAUAAAUGUGUGCCACUAGUUCGAGAAAUUACAUUUGAAAAUGGGGAGGAGCUGACAGAAGAAGGCCUUCCUUUUCUCAUACUUUUCCACAUGAAAGAUGACUUGGAGAGUUUAGAGAAAUUCCAACAGGAGGUUGCACGACAGUUAAUAAGUGAAAAAGGUACGAUAAACUUCCUCCAUGCUGACUGUGAUAAAUUCAGGCACCCACUCCUCCACAUUCAGAAGACUCCAGCAGACUGCCCUGUUAUUGCCAUUGAUAGCUUUAGGCACAUGUAUGUCUUCCCAGACUUCAGCGACUUGUCAGUUCCAGGUAAGCUGAAGCAAUUUGUACUAGACUUGCAUUCUGGAAAGCUGCAUAGAGAGUUUCAUCACGGCCCUGAUCCAACUGAUGUAGCACCUGGACAGCCCAUUCAGGACUUAGCAAGCAGCCCACCAGAGAGCUCAUUCCAGAAACUGGCACCCAGUGAACAUAGGUACACCUUAUUGAGGGAAAAAGAUGAACUUUAAAAACUUGAAAUAAUCUUGCAAGCCUUUCAGACAGCAGCAUUGACUUCUGUGUGGUGGAAAUAGUAAACCUAUAUUUUCAUAAUUCUAUGUGUAUUUUUAUUUUGAAUAAACUGAAAAAAUGUU